UUGUGCUUGCUUAGUGAUCGUUCGUAAUCUGCUAGUGUUACUGUUACUGUUAGUACUGUUACUGUUAUUGUUGAAUAUUUCCUGCAUCGGAUCAGACGGAUUGCUACUUAAAUUAAAUAUGGAGACAGAUGCUGUCCAUGAGAGCUUAGAGGAAAACCCUGCUGUGGACCCUCGUAAAAUGAGAAGCAUCAUUGCAGAGGACCCAGAAUGGUCGUUAGAAAUAGUUUCAAUGCUGAGCGACCUGUGCAUUGAAAACAUUGUGAAAAACUUUGCAGAUCAUCCGAUUGUGGAUGGGCUUCUAUCAAAGCACAGAAAGAAGGUCAUUGAACGUAUUUCAACAUUGAUCCCAGUUUCAAUCACAGCACCAUUGAUUGACGAUGAAUGUUACUGGCAGCGUUGCUGCACACACAGGUGGAAAGUUUGUGACGUGUCUUUGUGUGGAAACAGCUGGAAGCGAAUGUAUUUUGAAUAUAGCCUACAAGAGCUUGUUCAAAACUUUAUACCAGGAAGGACUGAACUGAUGUGUAUUAGCGAACUGCUGCAGUUGGGAUCAGGAAUUAUAAAGUGUCUGAAUAUCAAGGAGAUGUUGCCACCUAUGAAGGAAGCUGCACAGGACAAGGAUAGUGACACAUCAGAUGGAGAGAGCGAGUCAGGCCAGGAUGAAAUUAGCAUAGAUCACUUUGACUUUACGGUGCUGAUAUCACAGCUGCCAUGUCUUGAAGAAUUCCGAAUCACAUACCGAGUUCGUAAUUGUGGAAUGAACUUCGAGUGGAGGUUGUUUCUCUUCACCUUACAGGACUGCCACCUUCUAGCAAAGUGUCUCUCUGAUUGUAAAACGCUUCGAGUGCUCAAGGUCACUGAGAGCAAAGUCAAUGACGUCCGAUGUAAAAUGCUUGCAAAGGCAUUCAGAGAGCACCCUGCUCUAGAGGAACUCGAUUUGUCACAUAAUCUUAUUAAGGACAGUGGUGCCAAGUCAUUAGCAAAACUUAUUAAUGGGCAGAGCAAGCUCAAGAGGUUGAAACUUGCAGACAACAGUAUUGGUGAGAAGGGAGGGCAAGCCCUCGCUGCUGCUCUACAGAACAAUGACACACUUGUCCACUUGGACUUGCGACUGAAUGUCAUUGGUGACGAGGGCGGAAAGGCCAUCUACACAGCUCUCCUGGAGAAUUCAACACUAAAAGAGUUGGAUCUUUCGGCCAAUGUGAUGCGUGGAGCUGUAGCUCCAGCUCUCAAGCAGCUCGUGGUGUCAAACACUAGUUUGCAAAUCCUGAAGAUGUAUGGAACUAAAAUUGGACCUGAGGGUGGUCGACUUCUGCAGGAGGGGAUGGAGGAGAACAAUUCCUUGUUGCAUUUAGACCUCAGGCUAGCUGAUUGUGGGCAGGAGUGCGAGUACUUCAUAAACCAAAUCCUCCGAAAGAAUCGUGAAAGUUUUCGACAAGCUAGCCUCGUCAUGAGUAACUAAGUAUGCCCAAGCUAAUUUUAGAAUGACUCAUGAAACAGACACUUGUUUAUAAAACUUUUAUGCCACGAGGUGCUUAUAUAUUAGCGGCAUUAAUUUGAAGCUGUUAUUGUGCUCGUUAUAUGUUGUUACUCACUUUGUUGAUCAUUGUGGUGUAUGCAGGGCCGUACGCAGCAGGGGGGGAGCAGGGGCAGUUGCCCCCUAGAGAUUUUCAGAGUAUGCCUUUUAAUGGG